AUGCAGGACCCGGCAUCGGACGGGGAAGUUUCCGACGACACCGCGAGCCUGAGCCCGUCUUUCAACAGCCAGGACGGCAUCGUGGACAGCUCUCGAGUCACGAAUGGCGUCCAGAAACUGAAGCUGUCCGCUGAGCAUGCCGUGUCCCGGCCCCAGAUCCGCGUGGUCAUCGACCUGAACCGUGUGGGCGCCUUCAUCGGCAAGGGAGGGGAGGCCAUCAAGCAGCUCGCCCGCGAGUCGGGGACCAUCAUGGGCGUGGAGGCGCUGGUCCCCGGGAGCGAGUCGCGCGUGGUCACCAUCACCACCGCCGCCGAGGGCGAGGAGGCCGCCGCGACGCUGGUGGCAGGCCUGACCGCCGCGGCGGCGGCCAUCACCGCCGGGGACAAGCCCAGCGACUCCCCCCUCCGCCUGCUGGUCCCCGGCGCCCACAUCGGGCAGCUGCUGGGCAAGGGCGGCGCGACCAUCGCCGCCAUCCGCCGCGACUCCGGCGCGGACAUCAAGAUCCUGCCGCGUGGCGAGCUGCCCCCCGCCGCGCGUGUCAGCGACGAGCUGGUCACGACCGCGCUGCGCCUGCUGGUCCCCGCCGAGGCGGUGGGCGGGCUGGUGGGCCGUGGCGGCGAGCACAUCGAGCGCGUGCGCCGCGAGACGGGGGCCACAGUGCGCGUGGUGGACGGCGCGUCGCGCGACGCGCCGGCGGUGGUGCUGGCCACCAGCGUGGAGGACGCGGCCGCGCCCCACUGCGCGGCGCAGGAGGCCCUCGCCCGCGCCUUCCUGGCGGUGAGCGGGGAGGAGGCGGGCGGGCGGCACGAGGCGGUGCUGCGCCUGCCCGCCGCCGCCGCGGGGAGCCUGCUGGGGCGCAAGGGCGCCACGGUGUCCGCCCUGCGCGCCGAGACGGGGGCCGCCGUGCACGUGGGGGCCUUGAUGGGCAAGGGCGGCGCCAACAUCAGCCAGGUGCGCUCCGUGUCGGGGGCGCGCGUGCACCUGUCCCCGGCGACGGAGGGCGAGCCGGGGGCCACCCGCGCGCUGGAGGUGUCGGGGCCGGUGGAGGCGGUGCUGGCGGCCCGCAACAUGGUCAACGCCUUCCUGGCAGUGGGGGGGUGCAGCGAGGCCCAGCCCGUCUGA